UGUCAGGAGCGUCCAAACAGACGUGGAGAAAACCGUAAAGACUUCAUAUUCGGCCAAGGAAGAUAUUUUGUCCUCGCUCAACUCAGAAGAAGCGACACUUGAGCCGCCAGGAGCCGCCAACCAUCUGACAAACUGGACGCUAACAAGGAGCGUGGACUGAAACGGUCGAGCAUGUUUACCCACCCUGACUGGUCGUGUAGAGGUCCGCCGACGGUGAAGGAAGAGAAGAAGCUGUUGUGAUCUGCCACUGCAGUGUUUUUGCAUUUGGGAGCAACUGAUUAGCAUAUCAAAACUCACAUAAUUCCUCAACGACAACCCCAAAUCCCAGAGGAGUUGAAAAGGAGGAUCCAUGGAUCCAGAGAGAUCAUAAUGAGCGAUGCCUCGCCGCGAUCAUGAAGUUCAGAAGUUCAAAGAAGGGCAAGAAGCUUGCAGGGGAAAUGCAGGGAUGCUGUCGAGCAGUGCCAGGUCUCACCCAUGAGAGGCUGCUCUUGCAGCUGAACUCCCACGCAGCGAUGUAGGUGGGACAGGUGUAGCGGUCCAAAACGAUGAAAGCCGCUUCAGGAUCGGCCACGAAGUUGAACUCUCCACAUGAAGUGGUGUUACCCCGAGCUGUGAACGUGGAUAAAGCAGCCUGUUGCAGACUUUCAGGACACGCAGGGUGUUUGUGAGGACGUUCUCCAGAGGAGUGUUGCCGUGGCAGCAGGUGAUCCCCAAAACCUCCACAUCUGGAGCAGUGAGGGCAAUCAUGAUGGCCUGAGCAUCAUCGACUCCAGUGUCAACGUCGAGGAUCAGCUUCUUCAUUCUACAGUAAACAUAACAGAAGCAGAACCAGUCGGCACUAAACUGGGUGACCUGGAAGACGAUCCCCUCCCUCCGACUGCAAUAUAAGGCUGCGGGGGGUUUUCACCCAGCCUGGACUGACCGAGCUGCUGCUGGAGGACGAUCCCAGACGGCAAAAAUCAUGAAUUCGGCAGAGCAGACGGUAACGUGGCUCAUCACGCUGGGGGUCCUGGAGUCUCCCAAAAAGAGCGUGUCGGAUCCAGAGGCUUUCCUCCAGGCGUCCCUGCAGGAUGGAGUCGUUCUGUGCAGGCUGCUGGAGCGACUCAGACCUGGGACGGUGGACAAAUUUUUCCAGGAACCGCGAAGCGACAGCGAGUCUCAGAGGAACAUCGCGGAGUUUAUUAAGGGCUGCGGGGGUUUCAGUGUGGAGCCUUUUGAAGUGAGUGACCUCCUGCAGGGACUGAACUUCUCCAAAGUACUAAACUCCUUAGUUGCUCUUAACAAAGCCACUGAAGUGUCUGUCCCAGGAGACAGCGGAUGUGUGCCGCACUCCUCCAAUAUACGGAUCAAAUCAUUCGACUCUUUGAACACUCAAAGUCGCUCCUCGAAGCUGCAGCAGCCUCAGUACCGCAGCUUGGACAUGUCGGAUGGCGGCGUGUGCGGCCAGCUGCUUGUCAAAGCGCGUUUCGCCUUCCAGCCGACCAACGAGGACGAGCUCUCCUUCUCCAAGGGUGAUGUCAUCUGUGUGACCAAGCAGGUGGAGGGGGGCUGGUGGGAAGGCUCGCUGAACGACAAGACUGGGUGGUUCCCCAGUAACUACGUACGGGAGCUGAAAGGAGGCGACAAAACAACAGAUAAGCCAAAGUGUGGGACUCUGAAAAGUCCCCCUAAAGGUUUUGACACCACCAUCAUCUCAAAGACCUAUUACAACAUGGUUUUACAGAACAUCCUGGAGGCAGAAAGUGAAUAUUCAAGGGAGCUACAGAGUCUCCUGGGGACGUACCUGCGUCCACUUCACCCCACAGACAGACUCAGCAGUGUUGACAUCUGUCAAAUUCAGGGAAAUCUGGAAGAGAUUUCUACAUUUCAGCAGAUGCUUGUCCAGUCCUUGGACGAACAGACCAAACUUCCAGAGACCCAACAGAGAAUCGGGGGUUUCUUUCUGAACCUGAUGCCUGAGAUGAAGGCCAUUUAUGUGACUUACUGCUCCAAUCACCCAUCUGCAGUCAGCGUGCUCACACAACACAGUGACGAUCUUGGGGAAUAUAUGGAGUCAAAAGGAGCAUCCAGUCCUGGCAACCUGACACUAACAGUCAGUCUGAGUAAACCCUUCACCAGGAUGGAAAGAUACCCAGCGCUGCUGAAAGAACUGGACAGACAUAUGGAAGAGCAACACCCUGACCGAGCUGACCUCAGUGCUGCCAUGGCAGCCUUCAAAAGCCUUGCAGCAGAGUGCGAGGAGGUAAGAAAGAGGAAGAACCUGGAGCUACAGAUUCUGACUGAGCCAAUCAGAAACUGGGAAGGAGAGGAUAUUAAAACUCUUGGCCCAGUUCUCCACAUGUCCCAGGUCAAAGUUCACACGCAGAAUUGCCAGGAGUCAAAUGAACGCUUCCUCAUCCUGUUCCCUCACACUCUGCUCAUGCUUUCAGCUAGCCUCCGAAUGAGUGGAUUUAUAUAUCAGGGGAAAAUGCCUUUAUCAGGAAUGCUCAUCUCCAGAAUUGAAGAUGGAGAAAACCUGAAGAAUGCUUUUGAAAUAUCUGGAGGCCAGUGUGAGCGCACGCAGAUAGCUUGCAGCAGUCAACGUGAUCUACAAGACUGGCUGGACCUCCUCACCAAACACACACACACCACACCACCUCAAGUGUGCAAGCUACAGGAUGCUUGUUACACAUUGCCCUCCCACUCCGCCACGCCCUCCAGAUACUCUGAGUCUCGCGGGGGGAGCCCUUACCACUCUCUGCCUCAUCCCUCCUUAAAUGGGACAAUUCCCAGUUGCAGCCCCAUGUGGGGGCCGCUGGAGCCUCCGAGCACCCCCAAACCCUGGACCCUGAGCUGCCUUCGCCCUGCACCUCCACUACGACCGUCUGCUGCCCUGUGCUUCAAAGAGGAUGUAAGUAAAAGUCCUAAAAACAAGAGGCCGCUGCUCCCUACCAUAAGGAAACCAGAGAGGAAACCAUCGGAGGAAGAUUUCACUGCCAGAAAGAGCACAGCGGCUCUGGAGGAGGACGCUCAGAUCCUGAAGGUGAUCGAGGCUUACUGCACGAGUGCAAAGACUCGCCAGACUCUAAACUCAACAUGGCAGGGAACUGACCUCAUGCACAACCAUGUGCUGGCUGAGACCAGCCUCACAGUGGCUGCGCUCCCUAGUAACCUGCCAUCUUCUGACCAAUCAGAAGACUCCGAUUAUGACAGUAUCUGGACUAAUCAAAGUCACAGGACCGCCUCGUUUUCUCGCUCCAGCAGAAAAGAUGUCCACAUGCUGUUCCCAGAGGAGGAGAAGAUUAUUGUUGAAGAAACGAGGAGCAACGGACAAACUGUAGUGGAGGAACGAAGUCUGGUGGACACUGUUUAUAGCCUCAGAGAUGAGGUUCAGGAACUCAAGCAGGACAACAAGAGAAUAAAACGAACACUGGAGGAGGAGCAGCGAGCGAGAAAAGAGCUGGAGAGAAUCGUCAGGCGGGUUCUGAAGAACAUGAACGACCCAACCUGGGACGAGACCAACCUCUGAAACCGCUUCAGAUUUGAAGCCAGGACCAAUUUCUAUCAUUUAAAUCAUCAUAUGAUGAGAGCUGCAAGCUGUGUGGGCAGAAGCUGCUGGUAGUUUGAGCCACUCUUCAUUAUUUCAUUUAACUUCAAAACCUUGAACGAACCCAUGUGCCAAACCAGGGACCAGGAAACUUCCUGCCAGCUGUCGAUGAAGCCGUCCCGACUGCUCACGAAGUAAUGAAGCCAUAACAGCUGGUAGGCAAGAGGAUGUCACUUCGCUUUGUCUUGUCUUCUGUUAUUGGACCAACAAUUUUCUUUAAUAAAUCAGUGUUGUUGCUACUCCUUUCACUGGUAUCCAGGAUAGUAUUUUAUUUGCUCUGGUCCAUAAAUAUGACAAAUUUAAAUGAACAAGACGCCAUAGAGAAGUUCAAUAGUCUUGAUUUAAAAAAAAAAAAAACCCGCACACUGUCACUGUCGGUCACAGUUCCUGUGAGAACUGUGCAUUCACUCAUAGUGAUGCGUACAAAUGCUUCUUUUUCCAGAGCGGAGUCAUUACGCAACAUAACACUUAAAGCUGCAGUUUGUAACUUUAAUAAAGAUUAUUUAAAUAUUUAUUCAAAAUGUCACCAUUUUGUGAAAAUAUUUUCUAUCCACUGUUUGGUGUAGGUUUGACUUUAAGCCAAAUGUUAGUGGGUAUAUCGAUAAUUUUGGCUCCAACUUUCUAACUUUAGAAAUCAUUCUAGUUUUAUGGUGUAUAAUCAUUCAGUCCUGGAAAAAGGAGUUGAUGUGGUUCAUUGCUAUUAGGAGUUGCUAUAAAACUUUUAACUGUAUAUUUUGUCUCCAUAUAAAAUAAUAAACUUUUAAAGGAACCAACAAGCCAGCUAUGAAGUUACCAAAAACAUCAUAAAUCAGCCAAUUAUAUAGCAGCGUUUACAAACACUUAUGAAUUGAAAAAUUUUAUGGGACCACAGGAAAAAAAAACAAGCAGUCAUAUUUAUUUUAAUUUCAUAAGCUACAAUAAAACGACUUGAAAAUAUUUGGUUAUCAGAAAACCUCAGGGCUUAAACCUUCUGUUUCCAGCUCCAAAUUAACACUUUUUCCUACUUUCAUUUUUCAAGCAAUAUUUAAAGGUGCUCAUAAUGUUGCAAUGACUUGCACUGCCUCUUAAGCAAAAAGAAAAAAACAAAACAAAGAUAAACCUUUUACCGGUUAUUUGGUUCUUUGACAUUUUAGAACUCCUGGAACUUAAAAACAUAUUUUUUUCUGGUCUUAUAUUUCUUUCAUCAUGAAUGAUCAGUAAAAGUGAAUAUUUGUUCAUGGUAAGAGGAAAAACGUCAGAAGAGGCUUUUCACUGAACUCUGUUCAAUGGUUCCAACUUGGGUCUUAUCCUUAAUAAUGCAAUAAAAGGGAAGUUUUUCAUUCGUGUUGUCAAAACUGAAUAUUUUUCAGAUGCUAUUGAGGCACUUUAGAUGUUAGAUUUCUGUUAUCCAUUGCAAAGUGCAAGUUUGUUUGGUGAGACACUAAAAAUGACUUAUAAAAUAUAAGUUAGUGCUAAUUUAGAAAUGUAAUAACAAUAAAAACCACCUGACUCACUUUUUUGAGUUCUGCCUAAGCAAUGAGACUGAUGGGGGGAAGAAAAACUCAAUGCACAUUUGUAUUUGCAAAGCCAAAUUUAAAGCAAUAUUACACUGGAAAAUGUUUAUUUUUGUCAAUAUGCAAUUUACUGUUGAAUAAGUCCCAUAUUUAUCUUCUUUUUUUUAUCUUUCUACUUGCUUUUAUUAACACCUGUUUUCUACUUGACCUUGCUCACAUUGCAUAUGUGAUCCAGAGAGCAGCAGAUUUUCUGCUAAAACAAAUUAGCAGUACAACCUCUGUUGUGUUAGUUUCACGAUCAAGUAUGGCAAUGAUUUAACUCUAACUUAUGUACUUAGCUGUAACUGAUGUAAAUGUGUCCUGUGCUCUGGUGUUGGAAUGAUGAAAAUUAUUGCAGAGGUUACUAUAAUAACCAUCUAUUUAUCUCACCUAUUGGACUGCCCAUAAAUAAAAUGCUGAAUCCAAAUGAAA